GUUCUCCUGUUCCUGGUGGAGAAAGCACGGAAGAGAAGGCAGCAGCAACUGCAGCAGCAGUUUGCGAAGCCUUUGCCCGCGGCGCUCGUGUCCGUUUCUGGUGCCGUGGUCCCCAGGCCACGGCCCCGUUUCGUCGAGCUCCUUCUCUCGAAGACGGGGGGCUUCUUCGCCGCAGGUCCCGAGAUCUCCACCCUGGUUCUGGCCUCGGGCUUGAAUGCGUGGCUGAUGCUCUACAAGGCCUGGCUCAUGCGAGAGUUUGUCAUUGGCCAGAAUCUGGGGCAUUGGCGAAGGUGGCUGAAAGCCCUGGCCAAGUUUCCAUUCGCGAUCCUGGCGAGCGCCCUCCUGUCCCAGACUACAAAGUACAUGCAGGCCCGUGUCGGGAUACUUUGGCGGCGGACUGCGACACGCCGGCUGCUGCGGAGCUACUUUUCCGACAUGAAUUACUACAAGCUGUCGCAGCACGGAUCUGCUCGCAUUGAGGAUCCCGACAUCCGCAUCUGCUCCGAUGUGAGGUCGGGCUGCGAUGCGCUGACGGGCGUGCUCAUAAGUGGGCUCUCUGGU